AUGACUGCCUCUUCCAAGUCCAGACCGAUCAGCGAUUGGCUUUUCACGCAGGUGCAGCAAGGUGCUACAGAGAGAAAAGUAAAGGAAUGGCUGCAAGUAUCGUCGUUCCCAACGACUGUUCACGUUGAGCUCAUAAAACAAAAGCUCAUUCCGGAUCCCUUCAUCGGGCUCCAUGAAUGGGACGUUCAAUGGGUAGGAGAGGCCGAGUGGGCGUUCAAGACCGAUUUACAUGUUACAGAUGGCGAGCUCGCAUCUCCGAAUGUCGAUCUGCUAUUCGAAGGUCUCGAUACCUUUGCUACUGUGAAAUUGAACGACGAAGUGAUCCUUGAAUCGAGCAACCAGUUUAUAUCGUACCGUGUACCGGUCAAAUCGAAGCUCAAGCCGGGAUCCAAUGAGUUGAUUAUAUCCUUUGAAAGCGCGUUCCGUAAAGGGAGGGCCAUCGAGGAAGAGCACGGAAAGCUGGCUCUGUGGAACGGAGAUUCGAGCCGGCUUCACGUUCGAAAGGCGCAGUACAACUAUGGUUGGGAUUGGGGCCCGGUACUGAUGACCGUCGGCCCAUGGAAGCCUAUCGCCCUCGAGACUUAUCAAACGCGCAUCACGGAUCUCGAUGUCAGGAGCGAAGUUUCCGAGACGCUCGAGGUCAAACUCUCGGCCACACUCACAUUCUCUGAAGAAUCUCCUGGCUUCGCCUCGUUUGUGCUGAAGAGUCCGGAUGGGAAGGUCGAGGCGUCGUCGAAUAAGAUACCGAUUGUUACAGGACAUGCUAAGGUAUCCUUUGAGUGGGGUGCGGGUCAGUUACAGCUAUGGUAUCCUGUGGGAUAUGGCGCGCAACCGUUGUACACCGUUGAAGUAGAAUUAACUGAUGCGAAUGGGAAUGUACUCGAUUCAAAGCUCGAAAAAAUAGCAUUCAGACGCGCUCUUGUGGUCCAGGAAAAACUUAUCGACCAAGAAGGGCUCUCAUUCCUUUUCGAGAUAAACAAUAUUCGAAUUUUCUGCGGUGGUUCCAAUUGGAUUCCAGCAGAUUCCUUUUUGACAACAAUGAAUGCAGACAGGUACAGGGCAUGGCUUCAGCUCCUGGUCGACGGCAAUCAAAAUAUGAUACGAGUCUGGGGUGGUGGCAUCUAUGAAUACGACGAUUUUUAUAGCAUCUGUGACGUUUUGGUCUGGCAGGACUUUAUGUUUGGAUGCGGCCAGUACCCAGCAUAUGAUUCUUUCGUCGAAUCUGUUCGCGAAGAAGCCAUCCAAAACGUUAAGCGCCUGAGGCACCACCCCUCAAUCGUGAUAUUCGACUACCAAAUUGCCGAAUCCUUGAACCUCGAGCUCGAUUACUCGGACGAGACGUCCGAUUUCCGCAAGACCAACUUCCCAGCGCGGUACAUCUACGAACGCGUGCUCCCGUCUGUGGUCGGGGAGUACUCGAACAUCCAUUAUCACCGGGCAUCGCCAUACAGUGGCCAAGGCAAGCCGACGACUGAUAGAACGUUGGGCGAUCUGCACCAGUGGAAUGUGUGGCAUGGGACGCAGGAGCCGUGGCAUAACUGGGACAUCCUGGCCGGUCGCUUCGUUUCGGAAUUCGGGAUGCAAGGAUACCCGGACAUCCGUACCGUGGACUAUUGGCUGGGAGGCGACAAAUCCGAACGGUACCCUCAAUCCAGAACUAAUAAUAAUCACAAUAAGGCAGAUGGAUUCGAACGGCGGUUAGAGGUGCGCGUUUCACUUUUUUUUUUGGGAGGUGGGGAGGAAAGUCAGCUGAGGGCCGUGGAUACUCUCGAUGUGAAGCGAGAGCGUAUCUGCUCCCUCGCUGCCUCCUGUUAUGUGUACUACACGCAGAUUAUGCAAGCGGAGGUGCUCGCGUCCGCGUACCGCCUCUGGCGCCGCAACUGGGCCGGGAGAGGGCGGGAGUACACCGCGGGUGCAUUGGUCUGGCAGAUCAACGACUGCUGGCCGGUGACUUCGUGGGCGAUCGUGGACUACUUCCUCAGGCCCAAGCCGGCGUACUUCAGCGUCGCGCGCGAGCUGCGUCCCUACACAGUCGGAAUGACACGAAAAGAGAAACAGACGCUCCUCGACCCCACCCGCUCCGCCGCCGAGUUCACACUCACGACCGAGCUCGAGGUAUGGGGCACGAACAGCACACUAGCGGACAAAUCCGCUGUGCUCGAGGUGACGUGCUUCAACUUGGACUUGGACUCGGAGGAUAGCACGUGGAGGGAGAGCAGGAGCAGGGAGGUGCGCGGGGUUGUGCUGCGCGCGAACGCGAGCACGGAGCUUUGGAAAGGGGUGUUGCCGGGUCAGCCGGAGAGGAGGAGUAGGGCGGAGGUGCCGAAGCCGAUUGUGGUUUCUGCGCGCUUGCUGGAUGCUGAGGACCAUGGGACCGUGCUGUGCCGUUAUUCGAAUUGGCCAGAACCAUUCAAGUACAUCCACUUUCCGCCCGUCGACGCGCUCGGGCUCAAAGCCGUCGUAGGCACGGACGGGGAGAGCGUCGUGCUGUCUACGAGGAUACCCGUCAAGGGCAUUGUACUCGACGUCGAUGUCGAUGCUGGGGACAAGGUGAGAUGGAGCGACCAGGCGAUCGACCUCGUCCCGGACGACCCGCAGACGGUCAUCGCGAAAGGGCUCAAGGGACGUCCCGUGAAAAUGCGGUUCCUGGGUGACGGGAGCGCGUAA